CAGGAGCAGUGGUGCCGUCGCAAGGUUCUUACAAGGGGAGUUUGCCGUCCAAGCCCCUCUCUCCAACAGAUCGCUUGGCCCUCACAGUUCUGAAUCAUCUUCUGAUGGGCACUUCUGCUGCGCCUCUGUACAAGGCACUUGCUGGCAGCCAGCUAGGGAAAGAAGUCAUAGGGGGAGGUCUCGCCGAUUACAAACACCUCACCUUUUCGGCGGGACUGAUGGGUAUUCCGCAGGAGCAAGGCAAUGUUUCUGAUGCUGGAGCUGGCGCUGCUGAAGGUACUACCGGGCACUUGGUCAAUCAGAAUGCAGUAGAUCGCAUAGAGAACAUUGUGCUGGAAACGCUGGAGAAAUGUGCCCGCAACGGUUUUGAACCGGAUGCCAUCGAGGCAGCCAUGAACACGGUGGAAUUCCAUCUGCGGGAGAUGAACACGGGCACGUACCCGAAGGGCCUUGCGAUUAUUUUGCAGAUACUUUCUGACUGGAUGGUUGACCGA